CCAGCCUGGAAUUACUGGAUGCCGAUGGAAGACGCUAUGGACAAAUUCGAUGAUAUGGCUUCUGUGAGCGAAUUUGACCCGAUCCAAGGAAGCAUCCCGGCGACUAAAGUGGAGAUCACCGUGUCCUGCAGGAACCUACUGGAUAAAGAUACGUUCUCAAAGUCUGACCCAUUGUGUGUUCUAUAUGUGCAAGGGAUUGAGACCAUACAGUGGAGGGAGUUCGGAAGAACAGAAGUGAUUGACAACACCUUAAACCCAGACUUUGUACGGAAGUUCAUCUUAGAUUACUUUUUUGAGGAGCGGCAAAAUCUCCGAUUUGAUUUGUACGACGUUGAUUCAAAAAGCCCAGAUUUAUCUAAACAUGUAAGUGUUAUUUUUGACUUUCUGGGACAGAUGUUCUGCACCCUGGGGGAAAUUGUAGGCUCACCAGGAAGUCGAUUGGAGAAACCAUUAACCGGAAUCCCAGGGAAGAAAUGUGGAACAAUUAUUCUGUCAGCUGAAGAACUUGGCAAUUGUCGGGAUGUUACAACUAUGCAAUUCUGUGCCAAUAAACUGGACAAGAAAGAUUUCUUUGGAAAAUCAGAUCCUUUCAUGGUCUUUUAUCGAAGCAAUGAAGAUGGAACCUUCACAAUUUGCCAUAAAACAGAAGUGGUGAAAAAUACACUGAAUCCUGUGUGGCAGCAGUUUUGUAUUCCUGUGCGGGCUCUCUGCAAUGGUGACUAUGACAGAACGAUCAAGGUAGAAGUGUAUGACUGGGACAGGGAUGGCAGCCAUGACUUCAUUGGUGAAUUUACAACAAGCUAUCGAGAACUUGCUAGAGGACAGAGCCAGUUCAAUGUUUAUGAGGUAAUAAAUCCAAAAAAGAAAAUAAAGAAGAAGAAAUAUGUCCAUUCAGGAACUGUUACAUUGCUGUCUUUCACAGUUGAAUCUGAGCAUACAUUUCUCGAUUAUAUUAAAGGCGGAACACAGAUAAAUUUUACAGUGGCUAUUGAUUUUACAGCUUCUAACGGAAACCCGUCUCAGUCCACAUCACUGCACUACAUGAAUCCUUACCAGAUGAAUGCAUACGCAAUGGCUUUGAAAGCAGUGGGCGAAAUCAUUCAGGACUAUGACAGUGACAAGAUGUUCCCAGCUUUGGGGUUUGGUGCUAAACUGCCCCCAGAUGGAAGAGUUUCACAUGAGUUUGCUUUGAAUGGCAACCCUGAGAACCCAUAUUGUAACGGUAUUGAAGGAAUUCUGGAAGCAUAUCAUAGGAGCCUCAAGACAGUCCAGCUUUAUGGACCAACGAACUUUGCUCCAGUGAUUAAUCACGUAGCACGAUAUGCAGCAGCAGUACAAGAUGGCUCACAGUACUUUGUUCUACUCAUUAUAACAGAUGGAGUUAUCUCAGACAUGGCACAGACUAAAGAAGCUAUUGUUAAUGCUGCUAAGCUUCCUAUGUCCAUUAUCAUUGUUGGAGUUGGACAGGCAGAAUUUGAUGCUAUGGUGGAAUUGGAUGGAGAUGAUAUCAGAGUAUCUUCUCGAGGGAAACUUGCAGAGAGAGAUAUUGUACAGUUUGUUCCAUUUCGAGAUUACAUUGACCGCACAGGAAAUCAUGUGCUUAGCAUGGCACGGCUGGCUAAGGACGUUCUAGCUGAGAUCCCAGACCAAUUUAUUUCCUACAUGAAAACUCGAAGCAUCAAGCCCAACCCUGCACCACCACCAUACACACCUACAGGCCUUGGUCUUCAUACACAGAUCUGA